ACAUCAAAUUUUCACAAAUGUGCCCUACGAGUCGGGAUGGGUUAUCUACGUCCGUUUUCAGUAAUAAAAUCGUAUGCAAAUAAGACAGCUCUGACUCCAAUUAAUGCGAAUGAAAUAAAGGGGUGUGACUAUGAAAUUUUGAAAAUAUUAGCAGCCAAAGUGAAUGCAACGCUCAAUUUAUAUAAAAUUAAAACGUUACCUAUCAAUUCCCUGGCAGAAGUAACUUUCGUGAAGUAUCUUGAAAACAACACUUUGGACGUAUGCGGUGGCGGUCUCUAUAAUGUUUAUGGAACCACAAUUAAAUAUUCAGGGAUUUAUGCAAGACAAGUAAUCAUUUGGACGUAUGCAGUGGAAAGGGAGCCGAGAUCGUUCAAGAACGUAAUCAGUAUAGUUGAUAAACUUUACAUGUCGUUUGUUAUCUAUAUUAUAUAUUCGUUACUUUGGUAUUUGGUAUCAUGGUUUGAUGGAAAAAGAGUUUCUUUGUCUAACACUUUGUUGUACAAUUUCGGUUCAGCAGUUGGAGCAGCUAAAUUACAAAUUGCAAGAACAACAAAGCAGAAGAUAUUGCAAAUAAUAUAUAUAUUACUAUGUUUCUUUACAGUGGCUUACUUUAACAUCGAGAUAUAUUCAUGUUUAACGAUCAGCAACCCUCCUACACUAUAUAAGACAAGUUAUGACAUAAUGAAUUCAGGGAAAAAAGUUUACCUUUAUCCCGACGGCAGGAACUUCAUCAAAGAUGUCAAUUAUCUUAAUUUUUUCAAACAUGCAGAAGAUUGCGAUAGUUUUAGAGAUUGUGUGUGGAAGGUGUGUAGAAAUAAAGGUAUAACUGUAUUAUUAGAUGGACAAUUCAUAGAAUAUCAAGUUAUCACAGCGAAUAAUGAUGAAGCUAGACUGAUGAGAUCUGCUGACAAUAUUAUAACGGUGUUUCAUGAAAUGCCCAUCAGUAAAGACAGUCUUGUUUUGGAGACUUUUCAAAAUUUAAUGGUGAAACUUGCCGAAAGCGGUAUACUGAACAGACUUUACGACGAAGCAGUGGGGAUUUUGGACAUAUCUAAAUCGGAGGUGUUUACUAAAAGUGCUUUGACUAAAGGAUAUUACUGUAUGAAUGGUUGCAGUAUCACACUAAAAGGUGUCGCGGCUGUCUUCUGCUUGUGGUUCCUAGGUGUUGCAGUUUCAUGUUUUGUAUUAUUCCUUGAAAUUACAAUAGCAAUUUAUCAAAAACAUUAA